ACAUGUCUUUAUUAUAAACAUGUCUUUAUUAUAAACAUGACACUAUCUUUAGCGUCGUCGGGCAGAUUACAGACCUGACUGACUGAGGAACAGUAAACAGGAAGUUAUUUUCGCCGACGGCGACGCUCGACCUUCCCAUCAAUGUUGCUGAGAUCUAAUUGGCUGACAGCAGAUGUCUCCUCGGAGCACUCUGAUUGGCUGUUUCUGGCUCCUGUAGCCUCGGGGCCUGAGGGCAAAUCAGAUUACAGCAAUGCGUCUGCCUGGUGAUGUCAGGCCGUUGCCACGGUUACGGUUAUCACCAGUGUCCUAGAGUCAGCCAUGUUUUAGUUUAGACCUCAGUCUGCAUCGCUUUGAGAGGACAGACGCCGAGGUAAGACCAUCAGUCUGUGGACCAGGACUGACUCUCUGUGGACCAGGACUAUCUUUCUGUGGACCAGGACUGACUCUCUGUGGACCAGGACUAUCUUUCUGUGGACCAGGACUAUCUUUCUGUGGACCAGGACUGACUCUCUGUGGACCAGGACUAUCUUUCUGUGGAUCAGGACUGACUCUCUGUGGACCAGGACUAUCUUUCUGUGGAUCAGGACUGACUCUCUGUGGACCAGGACUAUCUUUCUGUGGACCAGGACUGACUCUCUGUGGACCAGGACUAUCUUUCUGUGGACCAGGACUGACUCUCUGUGGACCAGGACUGACUCUCUGUGGAGUGUAGACUCCUCCCUCAGUCAGCAUCACUUUAUAAAGGCCUGAUUUUUUUCUAGGAGCCUGCAGAAUGAGAGUGCCAUGGACCACAGCGCCAUGAACCACAGUGCCAUGGACCACAGCCACCAUCACCCCACCACCGCCCCCCCCAGCACCGGGGGCCACGACCACGGAGGUGGAGUGGGGGGCUCAGGGAGCCAUGGGGGCAUGGCGAUGACUUUCUACUUCGGGUACAACAACGUGGAGCUGCUGUUCACCGGCCUGCUCAUCAACUCCCCGGGAGAGAUGGUCGGGGCGUGCAUCGGAGUGUUCCUAUUGGCCGUCCUGUACGAGGGGCUGAAGAUGGGCCGGGAGACGCUGCUGCGCCGCAGUCAGGUGAACGUCCGCUACAACUCCAUGCCGCUGCCCGGGGCUGAUGGGACUGUUCUGAUGGAGACGCACAAGACCGUCGGGCAGAGAAUGAUAAGCCCCGCCCACUUCCUUCAGACGCUGCUGCACAUCGUCCAGGUGGUUGUCAGCUACUUGCUGAUGCUCGUCUUCAUGACCUACAACGCUUACCUCUGCAUCGCCGUGGCAGCCGGCGCUGGGAUGGGCUACUUCCUGUUCAGCUGGCGGAAGGCUGUGGUCGUCGACAUCACUGAGCACUGUCAUUAGCUAGCGUGCUAGUUAGCAUCCGGUCGGUCUGGAGUUUCAUAUUUGCGGAUCACAAUCGAGGAAACGCUAACUCGUUAGCUGAGUGUUAGCAUGCUAGCUGACCUGGAACUACAAACCCCAGAUUGUUAGAAAUGAGACACUAAGUCCCAGGUAACCAUGGUAACACUUUGAUGUAGGUUAGCGUGCACACUAACGUCUUUAGUUAGCCAUUAAUUAUCUGACAAACUAUCUGUGAUGUAUUUCCUGUUUGGUUGUGAGCUCCAAUCACAGCUUGGAUCUCCUCGGAAGCCUCUGAUUGGCCGAUCAUCAUUCUGUUGUUAAUUUCCUGUUUGGUGCCAUGACAACUGGAAAGGCUAGUGCUAAUGUUAGCAUUCGUAGCUUACUUUAUUGACAGCUUUAGUUAGCACUGUUAGCGGCAACCUAUCAUAAAACAGUAUUUAAACAUUUAUGUAGAAAAUAAUUUAUAGUUUUACACAUUUUUUAUGCAGAUUUAAAUGAAAUUAUUAAAUGUGUCGAUUUUUGUUGAAGUUAAAACUAUCGACUCCAGAAACAUCGGUCGACUCGGUAGCCAAUCGCACCUGUUGGAAACUAAAACGUUUUUUUUAUAUAUAUAUAUAUAUAUAGAGAGAGAGGUUAAUUUCGAGGACUCCUAUUGGUCCGCCAGCCAGCCAAUCAGAGCUCAGAUGUUUCAAAAACAUCAUUUGAUUUUUUGAUUUUAUUAUAAAACUUAACGUUUUUAUUAAAACAUCAUGAACCUGUAUGAAAGUAAUUGACUAAAUCCUUUUUUAAAUCACAUUUUGAUCUACGUGUUUUCCUCGGCCUCUGUCGACCUUAAACCCGACACCGUGCGGUGCCUUAACGGGCCGGGGACCUGCUGUUUCACUGUGUUCUGAAGCUGUCGUCUGGGUCUGAGGGGGUCUGCGGGGGGGACCGGUUCCUAACAAUGAUGCUCGACUCAUGUCUGAACGGACUGCCGGAAUAAUCGUGAUUUAUUGUGAUGUUUAUUUUUACUAUGAGUCAUACUGAGAGGUGGGCGGGGCUUACAGCUGGACCAAUCAGGCUGCAGGGACAGAUUGUGGUUACUGGAAUUUAUAUUAAAAUAUAUUCCAUGUAUAGAAAUAUAUAUAUAGAUAUACAUCUCUAUACAUGUUAAGUGUGGAGCUGACCUCUCAGUGGGACCCCUGGAGUGAAUCUCUCUGAAGGAAAAGUGAUAUUAAAUGUCUGAAGUGUUUUAAUCGUCACUAAAUGCUGGAAUCAUUGAAAACCGAAUAAAGUUCAUGAAGAAACAA